AUCACCGUGCCCCACCUACCUCGCUUUCGCUAUAUAACACGUCUCGUGAUCUUCGCUUUGAGAAACCUGCAAUAACGACGAAGAUUGUUUCGCAGCCUGAAGUUUUCGUUCAGCGGCUGUACGGCUCACUCUUGGCACCCUGCAGAACAUUCUUCCUGACUGCAGCGCACUGGGUGCAGAUCGCUCAACAUGGCUGAAAACGUGCAACGUGCGCAACAAUACCAGUAUGCCCAAAACAGUAACUUGGUGCUGCAGGCUGAACGAACCGGCCCUAGACGAGACCAGGAGCCUUCGGGAGAGCCGGUAUCGCUGGCAGGCCGAAUAGACCCUAAACGGAUGGGCGACCGGGCUCAGAGUAGCUUCCAAGAGAAGAAAGAGCAGAGGGAAAAAAAGCGGAAGGAGAAAGCGGACCGUAGGAAGCAGGCGGGUGCGGAGAGGAGCGGAAACAAGCGUGCCAAACGCGAGAGGGAUUUGGGCGGAUAUGGUCCGGACAACAUUCUGGCUGCUACCGAUGAUUUCGAAGGUCAAGGGUAUAGACCCCGGACGAAGGAGACCCGCCAAACCUUCGAACUCAUAUUAUCAUUCCUGCAGCAGCUACUCGGAGACAUCCAGCAGGAUGUGUUACGAGGCGCUGCGAACGAAGCGCUUAAGAUAUUGAAGCAGGACGAUAUGAAGGACUUCGAUAAGAAAAAGGAGUUGGAGAUGAUUGUCCAAGCACAACUAUCAUCAGACCGAUUCGCACAACUGGUUAACCUAGGGAAGCGUAUUACGGAUUUCCGGUCUGGCGCGGAUGAUGACGCGCAGGAGGGCAACGGGAAUGGUCUCGCCCGCGACGAAGGUUUAGAUGAGGAGCAUGGUGUGGCCGUUGUUUUCGACGAAGAGGAUGACGAUGAAGAAGGUUCUGAUGACGACGAGUACGAGGUCAAAGAAGACGAGUCCGAUGAUGAUGACGCUGGCGAGGAAGCCGAGUUCGAAAAUGUCCUGAAACCAGUUGGAGUCAUUGACGAAGACGAGACCAAGGACGAUAUGGAUGAAUUCACAGAGAUUCUUCGACCAGACGAAGGCUCUACUUUCAAUUCGGGGAAAGCGAGUGCCGGCGCGACCGCAACUGCACCGGCAGCAGGCGGCGAUGCGGCGGGUGUCAUAAAACCUCACGAUGUGGAUGCAUUCUGGCUCCAACGCACGAUUGCCACCCACUACUCGGAUGCGCUUACAGCGCAAGGCAAAGCAGCUGCGGCUUUCAACACGUUGUCGUCUGCAACAAACACUAGGGACUGCGAAAACGAGCUCAUGGCUUUGUUUGACUAUGAUAAGUUUGACCUUGUCAAGCUACUGACGAGAAAUCGCGAGGUUAUCGUUUGGUGCACAAAGCUUGCCCGGGCGGCAACUCCAGCCGAUCGCACCGCCAUCGAAGCAGAGAUCGAACAAAGCGGCAAUGCCGAUAUCCUUGCGCAACUUAGCGUAGCACCUACCAGGAGAGACGUGGACAGGAACCGUCGUGGUGUGGUUGAAAUCGGGCACGACGGACAACAGACUGUAGCCGGAGGCCCUAUUCAAAUGGACUUGAAGAAGGCAACGCCAGGAUCUUCUGCUACCGUUCCACGAGCGACGAUAAACCUCGAUGAGUUGGCGUUCCAGCAGGGAGGCCAUCUGAUGUCGAACAAAAAGUGUGACCUGCCACAGGGCACCUUCAAGCGCGAAAAGAAAGGAUACCAGGAGGUACACGUCCCAGCACCCAAGGCUUCCCCGAUGAAGGAGAACGAGAGGCUUGUGUCUAUCUCUGAGCUUCCGGAAUGGGCGCAGGGCGGGUUUGCGGGUGCACGAUCUCUGAAUCGAGUUCAGUCUCGACUGUAUCCCGCAGCUUUCGAAUCAGACGAGAACCUCCUGAUUUGCGCUCCUACCGGUGCGGGAAAGACGAACUGUGCAAUGCUCACUAUCCUUCGUGAGAUUGGCAAGUAUCGCAAACCGGCUGGGGAGAUUGCCUUGGACGAAUUCAAAAUCAUCUACAUUGCUCCGAUGAAGGCGCUUGUAGCGGAAAUGGUUGGGAACUUCUCCAGCCGUCUGGAGAAGUAUGGCAUCAAGGUGGCGGAAUUGACCGGUGAUCGCCAGCUGAACAAGCAGCAAAUCGCCGAGACGCAAAUCAUUGUCACAACACCAGAGAAGUGGGAUAUAACCACCCGUAAGGCGACCGACCGGUCUUACACGAAACUCGUCCGCUUACUCAUUAUUGACGAGGUGCACUUGUUGCACGACGAUCGAGGUCCCGUGUUGGAGAGCAUCAUCAGUAGGACCAUCCGCGGAAUCCAGGAAAACCAAGAGAUGGUACGAUUGGUCGGUCUUUCUGCCACGCUGCCCAAUUAUCAGGAUGUCGCACACUUCAUGCGAGUAGACUCCGAGAAGGGACUGUUUUUCUUCGACAACAGCUACCGUCCGUGCCCGCUCAAGCAGCAAUACAUCGGCAUUACCGAGAAGAAGGCCAUCAAACGGUUCCAGCUUAUGAACGAGAUCGUGUAUGAGAAGAUCAUGGAAGAAGCCGGGAAGAAUCAGGUUCUUGUUUUCUGCCACUCCCGUAAGGAGACAGCGAAGACUGCCAAAGCGAUUCGCGACAUGGCCAUGGAGAGAGAUACAAUCGGUCAAAUCCUCAGCCAAGACUCGGGGAGCCGAGAAGUUUUGAGCACUGAGGCUGCCACCGUUAAGAACGCUGAUCUGCAGGACAUGCUGCCUUACGGUUUCGCCAUCCACCACGCUGGAAUGACGCGUGCCGAUCGUACGUCCGUAGAAGAUCUUUUCGGUGACGGUCACGUCAAGGUCCUGGUUUCCACCGCCACGUUAGCCUGGGGUGUCAAUCUUCCCGCCCAUACGGUCAUCAUCAAAGGAACACAAGUGUACAAUCCGGAGAAGGGUCGGUGGGUCGAGCUUUCCCCGCAGGACGUGCUGCAAAUGUUGGGACGUGCCGGUCGUCCCCAGUUCGACACGAACGGAGAGGGAAUCAUCAUCACAACCCAUUCGGAACUUCUCUACUACCUUUCGUUGCUCAACCAGCAACUUCCGAUCGAGUCGCAGUUCAUCAAGAAGAUGGCCGACAAUCUCAAUGCCGAAAUCGUGUUGGGGACUAUUCGCAAUCGUGAUGAUGCAGUUCAGUGGUUGGGGUACACGUACCUAUACGUCCGGAUGCUCAGGAAUGGGCCAUUGUACGGAGUGGGAGGUGACGAGUUGGAGGCAGAUCCGUACCUCGUGCAAAAACGUGUGGAUCUCAUUCACGCCGCUGCAACCAUUCUUGACAAAUGCAACUUGAUCAAGUACGACAAGAAAACGGGGAAGUUCCAGGUCACGGAGUUAGGCAGGAUUGCUUCUCACUACUACAUCAGCCACCACUCGAUGGCCACGUACAAUCAACACCUCAAGCCGACUAUGACUCUUAUCGACUUGUUCCGCGCCUUUGCCUUGUCCGACGAAUUCAAGUUCAUCCCCGUCAGGGAGGAAGAGAAGCUGGAGCUAGCGAAGAUGCUCGAACGAGUGCCGAUACCUGUGAAAGAAAGCUUGGAAGAACCGACCGCCAAAAUCAACGUGCUCUUACAAGCUUACAUCUCGCAGCUGAAGCUGGAAGGUUUUGCUUUGAUGAGUGACAUGGUGUACGUCACUCAGAGUGCAGGGCGUAUUCUUCGUGCGAUCUUUGAGAUCUGCCUAAAGCGUGGAUGGGCGCAGUUGUCCCGCAAAGCCCUUGACCUCUGCAAGAUGGUGGACAAGAAGAUGUGGCUCUCGAUGAGCCCUCUGCGCCAGAUUCGCGGUUUUCCGUUCGACGUGAUCAAGAGACUCGAGCGCAAGGAGUUCCCCUGGGACCGCUACUAUGACCUUAACCCUCAAGAGCUGGGUGAGCUCGCUGGUGUGCCGAAGGCCGGCAAGCUGAUCCAUAAGGCUGUACAUCAGUUCCCGAAAGUAGAAGUCCAAGCGCAGGUUCAGCCCAUCACGCGAUCGAUGCUCCGGAUGGAGUUGACCAUCACCCCCGAUUUCCAGUUCGACGAGAAGGUGUCGCCCGGAGGUGCGGAAGGUUUCUGGAUCCUGGUUGAGGAUGUUGACAGCGAGGUUAUUAUCCACCACGACAUGUUCGUGUUGAAGCAGCGCUACGGCGAGGAGGACCAUCACCUGAGCUUCACUGUUCCGUUGUUUGAACCUUUGCCACCGAACUACUUCGUUUCCGUUGUCAGCGAUCGAUGGCUGCACUCUGAGACACGCCUUCCUGUCUCUUUCAAGCAUCUCAUCCUUCCCGAAAAGUACCCUCCCCACACGGAACUUCUCGAUCUGCACCCGUUGCCAGUGUCCGCUCUCAAGAACAAAGAGUACGAAAGUGUGUACUCUGGCUCCCGUCACUUCAACCCGAUCCAGACGCAGGUCUUCAACACCUUAUACCAAACCGACGACAAUGUCUUCAUUGGAGCUCCUGCGGGCUCCGGAAAGACGAUAUGCGCCGAGUUCGCGUUGCUGCGACUAUGGACGAUCAACCCCAAAGCGCGGUGUGUGUACAUUGCUCCUUUCGACGAGGUUGCUGAGUUGAAGAUGAACGAGUGGAAAGCCAAAUUUGGUGAUCUGCUCGGUGGAAAGAACAUCGUCACGUUGACUGGAGAGACCACGGCGGACCUCAAACUACUCGAGACCGGUGACGUCGUCUUUGCCACCCCUCAGAAGUGGGACAUGCUCUCACGAAGGUGGAAGCAACGCAAGAAUGUGCAGACCAUCGGCCUGUUCAUCGCUGACGAAAUCCAUCUGAUCGGAGGCGACAUUGGUCCGACCUUGGAAGUCAUCGUCUCUCGCAUGCGUUACAUAAGUGCGCAGACCGAGAACAAGAUCCGAAUCGUCGCACUCGGCACAUCGCUCGCUAAUGCUAGGGAUCUGGGAGAAUGGAUCGGCGCAACCAGUCAGAGCAUCUUCAACUUCAAACCGAAUGUGCGCCCCAUCCCGCUUGAGAUCCACAUCCAGGGAUACUCAGUCCCGCACUUUGCGUCCAUGAUGAUCGCCAUGACGAAACCAACGUACCUCGCCAUAAAGCAAUUCGCUUCUGGUGCUGCACGGCCGGCUAUCGUGUUUGUUCCCAGCAGGAAGCAAGCUCGUCUGACAGCGGUUGAUAUCUCCACGUAUGCGAUGGCGGAGGGUGAUGAGAAGAAGUUCUUGCAUUGUUCGGAGGAGGACCUUGAGCCCUGGGCGGAAAAGGUGCAAGAUCAAACCCUUCGGGAGCUCUUGCACACCGGGGUAGCUUACUACCACGAGGCGCUCAGCAAGAACGACAGACGCAUCGUCGAGACACUCUUCAAUAACGGCGCCGUUCAAGUUGUUGUCGCCAGCAAGGACACUUGCUGGAGCAUGAGCCUCCGGUCCCACCUCGUUGUGAUCAUGGGAACGCAGUACUACGAGGGCAAGGAACAUCGGUACGCUGAUUCUCCCAUCACCGAUGUGUUGCAAAUGAUGGGCCGCGCUACCCGCCCGACACUCGGAGAAAGCGGGCGAUGUGUUUUGAUGUGUCAGGGCGUCAAGAAGGACUUCUACAAGAAAUUCCUCUACGAAGCCCUCCCUGUCGAAUCGCACCUGGACCAUUUCUUGCAUGACCACUUCAACGCUGAGAUUGUUACCAAGACGAUUGAAAACAAGCAGGAUGCCGUCGAUUACCUCACCUGGACGUUCCUAUACCGGAGAAUGUCGUUGAACCCCAACUACUACAACCUGCAAGGUGUGACUCACCGUCACUUGUCGGAUCACCUUUCUGAUCUGGUCGAGACGACGUUGGAGGAGUUGGCCACCAGCAAGUGUAUCGCGGUUGAAGACGAAGAUGUCUCUCCGCUCAACUUGGGCAUGAUCGCUGCGUACUACUACAUCAACUACGUGACCAUCGAGGUCUUCUCCAUGUCCCUCAACGCCAAGACCAAGAUCCGAGGCCUGCUGCAGAUCGUCGCCGCGGCGGCCGAAUUCGAGAACGUCCCCAUUCGGCACCACGAAGAUCAAGUCCUGAAGCGGAUUUACGACAGGGUGCCGGUCAAGGUCGAUACGCCCAACUUCAACGACCCGCAUUUCAAAACCAACAUCCUCCUGCAAGCUCAUUUCAGCCGCGUGGGCUUACCCGCAGAUCUCGAAAGCGACCAGAAAGCCGUCCUCGCCAAAGCCGUGCGUCUCAUCCACGCCUGUGUCGACGUCAUCUCCUCCAACGGCUGGCUCGCACCCUGCAUGGCCGCCAUGGAUCUCUGCCAGAUGGUCGUGCAAGCCAUGUGGGACCGCGACUCGGCCUUACGCCAGGUGCCCCAUUUCACCAACGACAUCAUCAAGCGUCUCAACGCGCUGGGAGUCGAAGGCGUGUUUGAUAUCAUGGAGAUGGAGGACGACGCGCGUGAGAAGGCGUUGCAGCUGAAACCCCAACAAAUGGCCGAUGUGGCCAAGUUCGUCAACAGGUACCCCAACAUCGACGUUGCGUUCAAGGUCGACGUCACCGCCGUGCGGCAGGGCGAGCCCGUCACAGUUAAAGUCACACUGGAACGUGAGGUUGAUGAGGACGAGGACGCCAUGUCGUCUUCGGGCGCUCCUACGGCCCUGGGACCCGUCAUUGCGCCGUUCUACCCCGUGACGAAAGACGAAGGGUGGUGGUUGGUCGUCGGCGAUGUGGCGGAUAAGACCCUGCUUGCCAUCAAGCGCGUGACGAUCCAGAAACGCGCUACCGUGGCGGUGGAGUUUGCGGCGCCGGAGCAUAAGACGGGCAAAUUGGACUGUGCGCUCUACUUCAUGUGUGAUUCUUACGUGGGUGUGGAUCAGGAGUAUGCGUUUGAGGUGCAGGUUGAGGAAGGGGCCGAGGGGUCGUCGUCGGAUGAGGAGGAGGAUGAUGAUGAUAAGAUGCAGGAGUAGAGGGUGGGGUUUGGUAGCUGGGGCGGGAAACGAAUAUGGCGUAGAGUUUUUUCUCUAUAGUUUAGCCAUCGCUGUGUUUUUGUAUAGUAUUCAUUUCUUAUUUGUCUGUAUUCAAGGGACUGAGGUCCCAUGUCUUGUAACGGCUUGAUCAACUAUGAAGAUUGCCAUAUGGACCAUCCAUCACACUUUCCUUUCACGUUUUUUUCCUGAUGUGCAACAUCUGCUUGUAAAAUAUGCUACAGAUCGCUCAAAAAAUCCUUCCGCUGCUAGGCACCGCAUGAAUCU